GAUUUCUUUUCUUUUGGUAAGAGAUUGUGAUGGUUCACAAAAGUGUUAGGUACUUUGGUUAUCAAUGAUGUUGUUCUGCUGUAUUUAUCAUGACCGUGAGGUGUUGUUAGUACAUAUCAGAGUGAUUUUCCUUUUCUCUUUUUUGUUGUUGUGGGUGUUGUAGUAUCUUUUGAGCUUUUGUUUUUGUCUUGUAGUUUGGUUUAGACAAUUGUGUGACUAUAUAUACUUCCUUUUUAUAAGAUUAGGUUGAUUUGGUUCGGCCACUGACCUUCUGAGUAGUUGUUGUGCGGGGACGCGAGUUCAUACUGUGUAUUUUUCUCAUCCUUCUAAUAAAAUCGCACGAGAAAUCGCUCAUUGGAGUGAUCGGUUAAGUAAAUUCAGAAAUGAGAAGGUCCUGCGGAGAGUAUGAUGGUGCGACGAGAUUUGCAACUUGAAUCUAGCAAAUUGUGCAUGAUCAAUGUCCAGUGUAACUCUUAAUUCUUUACCGAUAUCAUCCUUAUUUCCCUUCUUAUAUUUCAUGAUAAGAGAUUUGAACAUCGCAGAAAGAGAAGAAGAUAUUGGAUUCUAUGCCGGUUUUGUCGGCGCUGCAUUCAUGCUUGGAAGAGCAAUUACUUCUGUUUUCUGGGGCAUUGUGGCCGAUCGACACGGGAGAAAACCCAUCAUAGUGAUCGGCAUUUUCUCAGUGAUAGUUUUUAACACUCUAUUUGGAUUAAGUGUCAAUUACUGGAUGGCAAUUAUCACAAGAUUUCUCCUGGGAGCUUUAAAUGGAUUACUUGGCCCGGUAAAGGCGUAUGCAUCAGAACUGUGUCGACCGGAACAUCAAGCUCUUGGAAUGUCACUUGUUAGCACAGCAUGGGGAAUAGGUCUUAUAGUUGGACCCGCGAUUGGAGGCUACUUUGCGCAGCCUGCAGAAAAAUAUCCAGAAAUAUUUUCACCGAACUCCGUUUGGGGAAGGUUCCCGUACUUCUUACCGUGCCUCUGCAUAUCCUUCUUCGCUGUCUGCGUAUUUAUAAGUUGCUUAUGGCUCCCGGAGACAUUACACAUGCAUCAUAAUGGAAAGGGUGCGGAAAAUGAAACAAUCGAAGCUUUGGAGGCUCAACCGUUCGUCUCCGAUUCAAAACAAGAUGCCACUGAAAGUGAAGCUCCGAAGGAGAACUUAUUUAAGAAUUGGCCAUUGAUGUCGGCUAUCAUAGCCUACUGUAUUUUCUCCCUUCAUGAUAUGGCUUAUACUGAGAUAUUCUCCUUAUGGGCUGUGAGCGGCAAAAGUUACGGUGGAUUGAGUUUUUCGUCGCAAGAUGUCGGUCAGGUUCUUGCAAUCUCAGGUUUUAGUCUUCUCGUAUAUCAACUCUUCGUUUAUCCUCGCAUCGAGAAAAUCCUCGGACCGAUCUAUUCAUGCCGUCUCUCAGCGGUUAUAUCAAUCCCGUUGCUCGCCGCUUAUCCCUUUCUGACAAAUUUGUCAGGAAUUAAACUUACGAUUAUCACUAAUUGUGCAUCUCUGAUGAAGAACAUUCUCUCGGUGACUAUCAUCACUGGAUUGUUCAUUCUCCAAAACAAUGCUGUGCCUCAGAACCAACGAGGAGCCGCGAACGGCAUAUCGAUGACUGCGAUGUCCCUUUUCAAAGCAGUUGCCCCGGCUGGAGGAGGUGCCAUAUUCUCGUGGGCGCAAAAACGCCAGCAUGCUUCCUUUUUGCCCGGUGAUCAGAUGGUGUUCUUUAUUUUGAAUCUUUUCGAGUUCAUCGGAUUCGUCCUUACCUUCAAACCCUUUCUUAUCGUACCUGGUAAGUGAGGUACAACAUAAAGCUAUGUAUUCAUCUCCUGGGUCUUCAUCGGAGGUGUAAAGAACUGAGUCGAUCGAUCGAAUCCUGAAAGCAAUGAAGGCCCUGCCCGUAUCUCUUCAUCAUUCUUUUCCCAAUAAAAAUGUUCUUGAGCUUCGAGGAGUUCGUGCUUGCAAUUUGAGGAAACAAGUAUGAUGGUACUGUCGGUGAAAAAUACGACAAGUCGAGAUUGUCGACGUACUCAAUCAAGAAAAUGUAGUUGAUUAGUGUAUCAAUUGUAAGAUUAUUAGGUGCAAAAUUCAUUGAUCAGUUGCUUGAUCUAUAAGCAGGAGAAUAUUUGUAUUCAUGUGUAGCAAAAUGUUCUGCAUUGGUGUAUUGUUGGAUCCUAUUGAUUAGUUCCAUUUAUGUACUAGUGAUCAUCUUCAGAAGAGCUGUUGCUUUGGAGCUUUUCUUGUG